CGAGGUAUGGGAACCGGUCCGCCGGGCCAGGCAGCGGUGCUAGGCGGCAGGGGCAGCGACGCUGCCGCCUUUCCCUUCUCCUGCCCCCGUCCCUGCUCCGCCGCGUCCUCGUCCUCGCUGGGUCCCUGCCGCCGCCGCCUCAGCCUCGGCGCUCCUCGGGUUUCGUCUCUCCAUCAAGGCCGGGCCGACCCGCAGGGACCAUCCCGGAAAGUGAGGGGUUGUUGCCGUUUCCCGCAGCUGUUGGUGGCCAUCUUUAAUCCUCCUCCUCCUCCUCCUCCUGCUUUCUCCACCUCCCGCUGGCUGCCUGACUGACUGACUCUGGACCCUCCUCUUUUUCCUCCUGCUCCUCCUACUGAGCGGGCCGCAGAAAUUGCAGCCGCUCAGCUUCUGCCCCCUCCUGCCUUUCCUUCCUCUUUCC